AAAAUUAGACACCAAGUAACGAUAUGCAAAUGCCAAUUUUACGAAUUGAAUGACAACUUCUAUACCCAUAUAAAAAAAGCCCUUCUAUUCUUUUUUUUAAAAAAAACUAAAUUUCAUAAUUUUUAAUUUGCAUUUAACUAAAUUUCAUAAUAGUCUUCAAGUUUUUUUCAUUUGUAAAAAUCUAAGUACAAAUUUUCAUAGUACAACUCAUUAUAAAUCUUUAUGUGUUUUGGGCAAACUUAGAUUUGGGUGUAUAUCAAGACUAUUAGCAAAAAAAAAAAAGGCUUAUUAUACAUGAAUAUAGAGCCAUAAAGGUGGCCACGGUCCGUUCCGGGUCGAUUCAGGCAACCAUGGGUCGGUUAGUUGUCUGGUUCGGGUUCAUGGCUAGCAAAUGUUAAACCCUGAACCCGUUACAAUGCGGUUCAAUGAACGGGCUGGUUCGGUUGGAUUCAGGGCCAGAGCAACGGUUCAAAGCUUCCCCUUCUCUCUCUCACUCUCUCCUUAGGAAAACAGGUUGUUCAAAGGGCGGGAAUUCAAACCGCGGUUCCAUGGCGGUUCGGUUCGAUUCUCUUCCUCCACCACUCGACCCACUCUAGCCAUAUCUUUUGGAUUGUUCUGGGACGCUUCUGAACCGGUGUUGGCAUGGUCCAGACCGAGUUAAUCUGUUGAUGGGCUGGGUCCAAUUGGGUCUGCCCAAUGGCCAGUUGGCCACCUCUACAUGCAUGUAAUUGGUAAUGUAAAUGUCAAUAUAUAACUUACUCUGAGUCAUUAACUGUUAAACUCAACUUUAACACCUUUCUUUACUUUCUAAAAGUCCUAAUUUGGUGGCAUUCAUUAUUCAUCUAAGUUGUUUUAAAAGUUAGGUCCUAUUUUUUAGGAGUUAUUUUCAGUUUGUUUAAGUUCAAUUUUAAUUGAGUUUAGCUUAGUUUGCACUUCAAUUUCUCCAAAUUAAACUCAACUUCGUUUCAAUUGUACUUGGUGAAAUUUACCCAAAAAUCUCAAGUAAUCCUAUCAUUCCGUAUUUCCGUUUCAUAUGCGAAGUAGAUUUAUUAAAAAAAAAAAGAGAAGAAAGAAAGGCUAUGCAUAUGAAUAUAUGAUGGUGGAUUGGUGGUAGUCUGAGAUUUCUUCAGAAGAGUGUGAUCAUUCAUAGAAGAGCAAACGCUUUCGCCGACUGAAUACACAAUUUUUUUCAUCCUCUGCCAUCAAGGUGAUGGAGCCCCUCCCUGAUUUCAAGGAGCCUGCAAAUGUGGAAAGAGUACAAAACGAUGAUGAACUGGAAAGUUUUAAGCGUUGUAUGAAUGAGGCAUCGCAUCAAGUAACUGAGUUAGAGCAACAAAUACAAGAGAUUGAACAGUUCUACUCCAGCAAUUGUAAAAAUAAACUUAUAGACGUUAAAAACAAUUCAGUGAGGAUAAAAGAUAAAGGCCGACCUGCUACGCGCAGCCAAAAUCAGCAAGAUGGCAAAGCUGCUUCUAAGAGAAUGGACGACCUUGUGAACCAGUUUGACACAAUCUUGAAUAAGGAUAAAAUAAGAGAAGAAGAGAGAGGUUUGAAGCAGGCUUAUCAUGCUCAGAUGGCAAAGGAAGUAAGCAACAAGCUUUACAAGGUUGAUGUGUAUCUAAAAGAACUUAGAAAAGUUGUGCUCCGAAGGUGCAGGAGAAUGUCAACGCCGGAGAAAAAAGAACUAGGAAGAGCUCUGACAAAGCUAUCUGCAAAGGAUCUAAAGAAAGCUCUGGAGAUUGUUGCUGAAGGAAAUCCAAAUUUCCAAGCAAUUGCAGAAGAGGUGGACCUUGACCUAGAUGCUCAGAGCGAAUCUACUCUAUGGAGGUUGAAGUACUUUGUUUUUGAGAUAUUGCAAGUUCAAGGACGAGAUGAAGAUCGAGGCAAGCAAUCAGCGAGCACUGGUGGUGACAAGAAUGACGAGAAGAAGGAUGAUACGGCUGCAAACACUUCAAAGCAUUGGAAGUCCAACUGCAAGCGAAAAAGAGGGUCUCUAGAUGCCUUGUGAGACCAGUUGUGAAGGCAAAGAUGAGGAAGGUUGGCUCAAUCAUGUAAAUGGAAUGAUAGUUAUUAAUAAAGUUGGAUCGUUUUGAUGAGAUGUGGCAGUGGUAUGAUUUGAGAAUGCAUAGAAUAUAGAUGGAAUUCCGUCCUUCCACAAUGGUAAACAUGAACUACUAUUUACUAACAAUUAGUUUUUAGGUCUAUAUAGGUAAUUAUAAUUUUCAUUUAGUACUUCAUAAAUAUAACACCAAUGUAUAAGCUUGAGGUUAUGGGAUAAAAUUUGUAAUAUGUGUUUUCAAUUUUUUUUUUUAUUAUAUGUGUUUAUAUAAAGUAAAAGCGCCACGUGGCAUAGUUCAUUGCUUAGGAACACCUUUUAAUAUAUUAGUAUAGAUAUGUUGUCAAAGUUACACAAAUGCCAACAAUACAAACUAAUUCCUUAACUACUAAAACAAAUGUAACUUUACACAUACUUACUAUAACAAUUGAUACAUAUAAACUUAAUUUGGAGGCUCUCAUUUUCUCGAAUGUUGGCCGUAAAGGAAGCACAAUAAAGAGAGAAAAGAUAUUUUCUGUUUUGAUACUGUCUGCUGACUCUUGGAUAUGGUUGAAAUGAUGUGUUUUCCUUGUUUCAGUAUGGGAAGUAUCAUUGUGUAGUGUUAUCAUUAAUGAUAUGAUAUGAUAUAGAUGGAGGACAUAGUAGUUGCACAGAGAACAUAUGAGCAGGAAAUAAUGGGUAAUAAACAUUUAUGUAUGAAUGCAAAGAUACCUGUAAUUGGUAAACGUCCCAUAAAGAAGAAAGAAAGAGAGUACAGAUGGUGCAUUGACGACGUAGUAGUUUUGGUAAAAAGAAAGAAGAGGGUGGCGUUCAUAUGUGGUGGCUGGGUACGGAAAAGGAUAAAAGAUGCAGGAUAAGAAGAAUAAGAAUAAGAAUAAGCACUAUUCAAAAAAAAAAAAAAAAAAGAAUAAGAAUAAGCAGAUGAAUUUGGAACAAGGAAGACAUCAUACAGUUGGACUGAGUCAGAAUAGGAGUUAAUUCUCUCUAGUGAGCACUGUGUACUUGUAUUUGUAGUACUCUCUACCUUGCAUGGUGCAGCCUGGAGGGUGCGGACCAACUGCCGACGAAAGGAAUUAA